UGUAGAAAAACCCAUGCCUCGAAUGAGGCGAGACUCAGCGAGGACCCAUGCGUGGGGCGGACCCCUCCAAUUCCUUCCUCGCGCCCCCGAACGAGCAGGGCACCAGCAGCCGAACUGCCUGCGCCCAGGCUCCCUGGUCCGGCCGGGAUGCGGCCGGUACCCGCUUCCCGCCGGGAACAACCUCUCCACUCUUCCUGCAGGGAGCUGGUGCCAGCCGACAGCCGCGCCAGGGCCGCUCCGGGUGCCAGGGUCGGAUCGGGUGACGUCGCGAACUUGCGCCUGGCCGCCAAGCCGGCCUCCGGGCUGAAGAAGGACACGCCCCGGCAUUGACCCGGGCCCCGCCCCUCCAGCCAGGGCACCGAGCCCCGGCCCUAGCUGCUCGCCCCUACUCGCCGGCACUCGCCCGGCUCGCCCGCUUUCGCACCCAGUUCACGCGCCACAGCUAUGUGUCCCCGAGCCGCGCGGGCGCCCGCGACGCUACUCCUCGCCCUGGGCGCGGUGCUGUGGCCUGCGGCCGGCGCCUGGGAGCUCACAAUUCUGCACACCAACGACGUGCACAGCCGGCUGGAGCAGACCAGCGAGGACUCCAGCAAGUGCGUCAACGCCAGCCGCUGCAUGGGUGGCGUGGCUCGGCUCUUCACCAAGGUGCAGCAGAUCCGCCGCGCCGAGCCCAACGUGCUGCUGCUGGACGCCGGCGACCAGUACCAGGGCACUAUCUGGUUCACCGUGUACAAGGGCGCCGAGGUGGCGCACUUCAUGAACGCCCUGCGCUACGAUGCCAUGGCACUGGGAAAUCAUGAAUUUGAUAAUGGUGUAGAAGGACUAAUCGAGCCACUCCUCAAAGAGGCCAAAUUUCCAAUUCUGAGUGCAAACAUUAAAGCAAAGGGGCCACUAGCCUCUCAAAUAUCAGGACUUUAUUUGCCAUACAAAGUUCUUCCUGUUGGUGAUGAAGUUGUGGGAAUUGUUGGAUACACUUCCAAAGAAACCCCUUUUCUCUCAAAUCCAGGGACAAAUUUAGUGUUUGAAGAUGAAAUCACUGCAUUACAACCUGAAGUAGACAAGUUAAAAACUCUAAAUGUGAACAAAAUUAUUGCACUGGGACAUUCGGGUUUUGAAAUGGAUAAACUCAUCGCUCAGAAAGUGAGGGGUGUGGACGUCGUGGUGGGAGGACACUCCAACACAUUUCUUUACACAGGCAAUCCACCUUCCAAAGAGGUGCCUGCUGGGAAGUACCCAUUCAUAGUCACUUCUGAUGAUGGGCGGAAGGUUCCUGUAGUCCAGGCCUAUGCUUUUGGCAAAUACUUAGGCUAUCUGAAGAUCGAGUUUGAUGAAAGAGGAAACGUCAUCUCUUCCCAUGGAAAUCCCAUUCUUCUAAACAGCAGCAUUCCUGAAGAUCCAAGCAUAAAAGCAGACAUUAACAAAUGGAGGAUAAAACUGGAUAAUUAUUCUACCCAGGAACUGGGGAAAACAAUUGUCUAUCUGGAUGGCUCCUCUCAAUCGUGCCGCUUUAGAGAAUGUAACAUGGGCAAUCUGAUUUGUGAUGCAAUGAUUAACAACAACCUCAGACAUGCGGAUGAAAUGUUCUGGAACCAUGUAUCUAUGUGCAUUUUAAAUGGAGGUGGUAUCCGGUCGCCCAUUGAUGAGCGCAACAAUGGCACAAUUACCUGGGAGAACCUGGCUGCUGUAUUGCCCUUUGGAGGCACAUUUGACCUGGUCCAGUUAAAAGGUUCCACCCUGAAGAAGGCCUUUGAGCACAGCGUGCACCGCUAUGGCCAGUCCACUGGAGAGUUCCUGCAGGUGGGCGGAAUCCAUGUGGUAUAUGAUCUUUCCCGAAAACCUGGAGACAGAGUAGUCAAAUUAGAUGUUCUUUGCACCAAGUGUCGCGUGCCCAGUUAUGACCCUCUCAAAAUGGACGAGGUAUAUAAGGUGAUCCUCCCAAACUUCCUGGCCAAUGGUGGAGAUGGGUUCCAGAUGAUAAAAGAUGAAUUAUUAAGACAUGACUCUGGUGACCAAGAUAUCAACGUGGUUUCUACAUAUAUCUCAAAAAUGAAAGUAAUUUAUCCAGCAGUUGAAGGUCGGAUCAAGUUUUCCACAGGAAGUCACUGCCAUGGAAGCUUUUCUUUAAUAUUUCUUUCAUUUUGGGCAGUGAUCUUUGUUUUAUACCAAUAGUCAAAAAUUCUCCUUGCCUUUAAUGUGUGAAACUGCAUUUUUUCAAGUGAGAUUCAAAUCUGCCUUUUAGGACCUGGCUUUGUGACAGCAAAAACCAUCUUUACAGGCUCCUAGAAUCUGAAGGUUAGAGCAUUAUAAAAUGAAGAGACUGACAUGAUUACUCAGGGUCAGCAAGCUAGUGAGUUAGAAAAAAAUUAACAUAGGGCCCUAUAAGGAGAAAGCCAACUAUAGUUUACGUGUCCAAAUUUUAAUAAAAUUUUACUAACAAUUUUAAACCAUAUUUUUCUUCUUCAUAUCCAUUUCUAAUCCAUCAAACAGCUUAUGUUUACAUAAAAUUUUAUCAUUCACAAGGAAGUUUUAAGCACAUUGUCUCAUUUGAUAUCCACAACUUACUUUUGGUAGGAAAGAGAGAUGUUUUUCCCACCUGUCAGAUGAAAAAAAACUGAAGCUCAGAAAGGGUUAACUUGACCAUACAGCUAACGCUGACAGAUCCAAGACCUAGACCUAGGUCUUCUGAACUCAAGUCCAGCAUUCUCAACUAUAUCAAGUUACUGUUCAGAAUGAUAUUUAAUAUUUCCUCUCUUCAUAAUUAUCAAUAGCCCCAAGCUCAUGGAUGACAAAUCUCUGCUUUAUUUCUUGUCUCUAUUUUUUCACUUUAUAGCUCCUGUUAUAAUAGCAAGUUUAAUGGUAUAAACACAGGAUACCAUCCUCUCUUGCAAUACCCAUGUGCCUUUGAUGAGUCAGGUAGCAAGCUGUAGUAGAUAAUGAGAAAGGCCAGAGGCUGCAAAAGACAGUCAAAGGACAGGAGAGAAAGGAAAGGGAAGAACAGGACACCAGGACUAUUUUAUACUAUAGAAAAGCAAGAGCUAAAGAGCAUUUACACAUGUUAAACAGACAUUUGUUAAGCAUAGUGCCCAACACAUGGCAUUAGCUGUUAUUUUAUGAGAUUUCAUCAGCUCUUCCUCUGUCCUCUUUCUUCUCCUAAUAUGAAGGUAUCAUGAGAAGAGAACCUUCUAAGAUAAGCUGUAAUUCUAAACCUGCACUUUUCCCUCUCCAGCAAGAUGCCAGCACUGCAUUCAUUCUACUCAUACCACACAUCUAGUUAUGGAACGUCCAGAGUUCUUGAAGAAAAUAAAUGACUUUAGGAAGAGGUAUUCAUUUUUUAAGUUGCUCUGCCUCCAAAUCUGAACAGUCACCGUAAAUCAUUCUUUUUUUUUUUUUUUUUUUUUUUUUUGAGACAGAGUCUCGCUCUGUUGCCCAGGCUGGAGUGCAGUGGCGCGAUCUCGGCUCACUGCAAGCUCCGCCUCCCGGGUUCACGCCAUUCUCCUGCCUCAGCCUCCCGAGUAGCUGGGACUACAGGUGCCCGCCAACACACCCGGCUAAUUUUUUGUAUUUUUAGUAGAGACGGGUUUUCACCGUGUUAGCCAGGAUGGUCUCGAUCUCCUGACCUCGUGAUCCGCCCGCCUCAGCCUCCCAAAGUGCUGGGAUUACAGGCUUGAGCCACCGUGCCCGGCCUGUAAAUCAUUCUUAAGUCCAGAUAUGAGAACUUCUGCUGGAAAGUGGGACCCUCUGAGUGGGUGGUCAGAAAAUACCCAUGCUGAUGAAAUGACUUAGGCCCAAAGAACAAAUACUUAAGGUGGGAGUGGAACCAUAUGAGCCUGCUCAGCUCUGCGUAAGUAAUUCAAGAAACGGGAGGCUUCACCUUAAAAAUAGUGUGCAAAUGGCAGCUAGAGGUUUUGAUAGGAAGUAUGUUUGUUUCUUAGUGUUUACAAAUAUUAAGUACUCUUGAUACAAAAUAUACUUUUAAACUUCAUAACCUUUUUAUAAAAGUUGUUGCAGCAAAAUAAUAGCCUCAGUUCUAUGCAUAUAUGGAUUAGCUAUAAAAAAUGUCAAUAAGAUUGUACAAGGAAAAUUAGAGAAAGGUACAUUUAGGGUUUAUUUUUUACACUUGGCCAGUAAAAUAGGGUAAAUCUUAUUAGAAUCUUUUAAAGAACUUUUUUUAAGUUUCCUAAACGUGUGUGUGUAUUGUGCAGUGGUGUAAGAAAUGACUUUGAACCACUUUGCAAUUGUAGAUUCCCAACAAUAAAAUUGAAGAUAAGC